UUACUUAACGCAACUUACGGGCCAACAACGGUGACUCUCGGACCGUGCGGCUCAGGCGGCUCAGGCUCAGGGCGCAGGCUACAAAGAAACCUGGUACCUGGUGGCGCUCGCAGUCUACUACCGUACGCUCAUCACGACGCACUUCAUUGCGGGCGUUCGCGUGCACACUCAAAAGAACUUCGCGUCUAAGUUCUCAAGAAUUGAAUCCUGCGGUCGUGGAUCACGUAUCCUGGGCAGCGUUUUGCGCAGUUGGCGCCUCGGUCAUCAAGCUCGUUCAACUUGAUCUACUUCGAUUUUGCACUAAAUAGUGGCAAGCGCCUGUGGGCGGAACCAGUAACUGGCAGCAGGUGUCGUUGUCCUUGGGCACUAGUAUCCUGGCGUGAGUUCGGAAGUGCCGCUGGAAUUUUGGUUGGAAUGCCAGCCAAGUGUGUUAAGUGAAAUGUUUUGUGAGAUGUCCCGGAGUGCUAUCUAGGAUACUUGUUUAGUGUUCUAAUCGGCCAAGAGUGUCACCACAUACCAAGCGAAGGUUCUGGCGUUCAAAACAAGUGCCACAAACUUAGAGUGAGCCAACAAAUUUGAGGAGUGCCGUUCAAAGCUAAACAACCAAACCGCACGCGGUGGCGUAAGGAUGCGCGACUUUACCAGCCUCUUCGGAAGCCAGUAUCACUCGAUAUUCGGUGGUCCGGUCGGUUCCAGUUGCGCCAACAGUGGUGGCGGAAAUGUGGAAUGCGGCGGUGGUGGUGGCAGCGGCAAUUCAGGCAGUACCAGUGGAUCCGGCACUCCGCAGCGACGCCGAUCCGAGAGCCUCGGUCCAUUCCGGCGGCGGUUGCGUUCCGAAUUUUCGCUUCUCGACUACUUCUUCCACCAACCGAAGCAUGGGCGGCAUACGCGUUACCCGAACCGAACGUUCAUGCUAAUGGCCGCCGGAUUCAUGCUGAUCAUCUGCGGCAGCGUCCUGCACCUACUGGACCCUUACAUGCUCGUCUUCAAGUGGAAACUGAAGUUUGAGGAAGGCUCAGAGAUAUUCAACCUCUGGAGGACUCCACCCGUGGAUCUGUACAUUAAGAUCUAUCUGUUUAACGUGACGAAUGCCGAGGACUUUAUGGCCGGCCGUGCAGAUAAGAUGCAAGUGGAGGAAGUGGGCCCGUAUGUCUAUAGGGAGCUAAUGUCACACGAUGAAAUAGUGUUCAACGAUAAUGGUACCGUUUCGACCAGACCACACCAUCCGUUGAUCUUCCAGAAGAGUCUGUCCGGUAAUCGGCGCGAAGAUGAUGUAUUUAUGAUGCCAAACAUUGCACUACUGAGUAUAGCUCAUGUGGCCUCGAAACAGGGCUACUUCAUCCGGUGGCCCAUCAACAUGCUGAUCCGGCAGACCAAGAUACAACCGCUGGAACGGCAGACGGCACGGGAGUUCAUGUACGGCUAUCCGACCACACUGACCACGCUCGGGUACACCUUCCUUCCGAACUGGAUCUCCUUCGACAAGGUGGGCCUGAUCGAUCGGAUGUACGACUUUGACGAUGACUUCGAGACGUUCUACACGGGCGAACCGUUGGCCAGUAUGUCGGGCCUGUACGAUACAUACUUGGGUUCGCCCGAUUUGGCUCAAUGGAAUGGGAAGCACUGCAGCAACAUCCGCAACGCAUCCGAUGGUACGAAGUUCAAGAGCUUCAUUCAACCCGACGAUCACCUGCUGUUCUUCCGGAAGAGCAUGUGCCGUGCGCAGCGAUUGAUCCAAAACGGAACGGACUACAGUGUGAAUGGCCUGAAGGCGACCAAAUUCGUGUUCGAGGACAAUGCGCUCGAUAAUGGUGAGAUCGAUCCGCGCAACAAGUGCUACUGUCGCGAUGGUCACUGUUUACCCCGAGGGUUGAUCGAUGUAACGAGCUGCUACUAUGGCUUCCCGAUUGCCCUCAGCUAUCCACACUUUCUCGAUGCCGAUCCGAAGGUGCUGGAGCACGUGAAUGGUUCUCGACCGGAUCCGGUCGCUCACCGGACACACUUCAUGAUCAAUCCCGUGUCUGGGCUACCGUUGGAGCUGUCGGUAAAGUUCCAGAUCAAUAUGGCACUUGGAGAUCUGAGUAGCAUGACCAACUGCGAAAAAUUCUCCAAUCUUGUCGUUCCUACGCUCUGGUUCGAAAUUAUGAUGCCGGGGCUCCCGAAAACGUUGCUGUCGCGGUUCAUCUUCUACCUCAAGAUUCUGCCCGUUGGUGAUCUCGUCGUGAAGCACAGCCUGCUGGCGUUCGGUGGCAUCCUGCUGCUAGUGGCCAUCACCAAGGUUUCGAUGACGCUAUCGUCCGCGUACUCGUCGGCCUAUCGCAUUUCGAACGAGCUGCGGGAAAGCUUAUGGUAGUCGUUGGGGUCAAUCCCCUGGGGGUGGCGAAGGUGGGAAGGGAGGUGAUCGACAACUUCGUUUUUCAUUAACAAACCACUGCACGAACCACCACACACACUUGGGCACAAUAAUCACCAGAGGAAGACAACCGUUGAUCGCACACCUUCGCACUCGGGCCCAUUAGCAAUCGAUCAGCUUUUCCGGAAUUUCCACACGGACGGAAGAGUCCUGUAAAUAGCGAGUUGUAGCGCUGCUGUUAGUGUUUAAGAUCAUUAAUGUCCUUGAUUCGUAUGUAAGGUUAUGCUUAUGAAUAAACAGAAGGGACGAAAGUUCUUAUAUAUUGAUAACAUAAUGUAGUUUCAGAGAGUGAGUAAAGCUCUUUGCAGGACAAAUAAUGGUAUGUCACGAAGAAGAAGAAAGAAAAAUAAAGUGAAAACAGCUGUUAACGUAACCUAUAACUAUCUAGUAGUUGUCAUUCAAAAGGAUAUUUAAACACGAAUGAAAGUACGAAAAAAUUAAUAUAUGAAGCGUAAAGGAAUAUUGUGAACAGAUAGCCGUCAUAGCAUCUAGGUUAAUAAGCAAAAUGAUGAAUAGUAAUUUUUGUAAAGUGAAAUUUGAUGAUAGAAAUCAAAGUAGGCAGUCGCAGACCACAAACUCGUGUGAAAUGAGUUUGUAAACAUUUUAGUAAAAAUCAGGAGUUUUCAAAGUCUUUUCAGCAGUUUUUAAACAAAUUCCCAUUCCCAGAAAGAAAGGAGAUUAUAGAAGGAUCAGCAAGGAAAGCUAAGAUUAAUAAGAUGCAUCCUUAAUGAGUACAAUCUUUAGACCACAUACCACAUGUGAGUGUAAAUGUACCUGAAAUUAGGAGAUGAUGUUAGAAAAUGGUUAGUAAACUAUUACGAAUAUCCGCUGCUAAAGCAGCUUAGGUCGUUUAUUGACGAAAAAAAUAAAAUCUUAUGGCGUCCAAAUUGAAUUCGUUCAAUAAAGUACAC